AUGGGUCGAAGAAGUUCUUAUGAUAUUAGUCAUCGUCAAAUACAUUUUAUUGAUGAUGUUAAUAUGCCUAAUAAAAUGCGAACAAGUCUUAUCAAUGAUGGAUCUGCUAAAGCAUCACCUUCCAGUUUUAAAAUCAAAGAAAUUUUUAAAAAUGAAGAUAAUAAAAUUAAAAAAGAAAAAAAAAGUUCUGCAGAACUUGUUAGCUUUGCGAGUCUUUUUCGCUUUGCUAAUAAAAUCGAUAUUCUUUGUAUAAUGAUUGGUACAUUUGCUGCUUUGGCACAUGGGGCUGCAUUUCCUCUAAUGUUACUUGUCUUCGGCAAUUUAGUAGAUGUAUUUACUGAUCGAUCCUUUGAUCUAUGCCAAGUAAAUUUUACGCUACUUAAUUCCUUUUGUCCUGAAAAUAUUCAUCUUACAAAUAAAAAUUUUCGUAACGAAUAUCAAAAAUGUAACUUUCCACAAGAAAAUUUUACACCAAUAAAUGAUAAUUUCAUGACAAACAUUCGCAAACAAUCUAUGUGGCUUGCUAUUAUGGGAUGUGCAAUAAUUGUAAUAGGAUAUUUUCAAGUCACUUUUUGGUCUAUUGCAUGUGAACGUCAAACACGUCGUCUUCGUGAAACACUUUUUCGAUCAAUACUUAAUAAAGAUAUAGCUUAUUUUGAUACACAUAAAACUGGUCAACUUAGUACAAGAUUAACAGAAGAUGUUAAUAAAGUACACGAUGGUACAGGUGAUAAAGUUGGUUCAGCAUUACAAUUUAUUGGUUCAUCUAUUGCUGGUAUUAUACUAGGAUUUAUUAAAGGAUGGAAAUUAACAUUAGUUCUACUUUCUCUUGGUCCAAUAGUUGUUGUUAGUGCAGCUAUUUUUACACGAAUAACAGCAACAAUGACAUCACAAGAAUUGAAAGCAUAUGCAAAAGCUGGAGCUAUUGCUGAAGAAGUUUUAAGUAGUAUACGAACUGUUUUUGCAUACAAUGGUGCAACUUAUGAAUCAAAAAGAUAUGAAAAACAUCUAAGAUCAGCAAAACUAAGUGGUAUUCGUAAAGGUGGAUUAAAUGGAAUGUUAAUGGGUGGUAUUUUUUGUUUGAUUUUUUGCACAUAUGCUCUGGGAUUUUGGUAUGGAGCUAAACUUGUUCGUGAUGAAGGUUUUUCAAUUGGUGGAAUUCUUAUUGUAUUUUUCUCACUUAUUACAGCAAUGUUUGGUCUUGGUCAAGCAGCUCCUCAUCUUCAAUCAGUUGCACAGGCUCGAGGCGCAGCUUUUACAUUAUGGAAUAUUAUUGAUACACCAUCAAAAAUCACCAUAAAUCAUCCUGAUGGUGUUAAAAAAGAAGAUUUGAUUGGUGAUAUAAAAUUUACUAAUGUUCAUUUUUCUUAUCCAUCUCGAGCUGAUGUUCCUGUUCUUAUUGGACUUUCAUUUACAGCACAAAGUGGUCAAACAACAGCACUUGUCGGUUCUUCUGGUUGUGGAAAAAGUACAUGUGUACAAUUAUUACAAAGAUUUUAUGAUCCAAUUGAUGGUUCAGUUGAAAUUGAUGACAUGCAAGUUAGUCAAUAUAAUCUUGGUUGGCUUCGAGAACAUAUUGGUGUUGUAUCACAAGAACCAAUUUUAUUUCAAACAACAAUUAAAGAAAAUAUUCUUUUUGGAAAAAUGAAUGCAACACAAGAUGAAGUUGAACAAGCAGCUAAAAUGGCUAAUGCACAUGAUUUUAUAAUGGAAUUACCAGAUAAAUAUGGUACACUUGUUGGUGAACGCGGUGCACAAUUAAGUGGAGGUCAAAAACAACGAAUAGCUAUUGCUCGUGCACUUAUUCGUAAUCCUCGUAUUCUUUUACUUGAUGAAGCAACAAGUGCUCUUGAUAGAGAAAGUGAAAGUGUUGUACAAGAUGCUCUUGAUCGUGCAUCGAAAGGACGUACAACAAUUGUAAUUGCACAUCGUUUAUCAACUAUUGUAAGUGCAUCAAAAAUAGUAGUUCUUGAUAAAGGAUCAGUAAUUGAAGAAGGAAAUCAUAAAACAUUAAUGGAUGAAAGAGGUGUUUAUUAUGGUCUUGUUGAAGCACAAAAUUUACAUGUGAAUGACAAAGAUCGAAAAACAGAUGAAAAUGAUGAAGAUGACGAUAUAUCUGGGAAAGCACGAAUUCGAUUCGAAAAAAAUAGUGUACAAAUGCAAUAUCUUGGUAGUAAUAAGUUAACAUUCUCGACUCAAAAACAAUUAAUCAUUGAUGAUGAUGAGUUAAACCAAUCUACACGAAUAAGUGUUCACAAUAAAUCCUGUCAUAACAAAUCUAUUGAAGAAGAUCAAAUAAGUCAAAAAGCUGAACAAAUAAAUGAAUCUCAAGAGACAGCUAUACUUCUUAAACAAGAAGAUCAUUCUUUUGAUCAUUAUUCUGGACGUUCACCAUUUUUAACAGUACUUCGAAUGAAUAGUCCCGAAUGGUUUUAUAUUAUAUUAGCUUGUCUUGCUUGUAUUUGUAAUGGAGGUGUUCAACCAGCAUUUGGUGUUAUUUUAAGUAAAAUGAUUGCAGUAUUCGAAGAAUGCGAUCCGAAACAACAAGAAAAACAUGUAUUAACUUAUGUUUUCUUUUUUAUUAGUAUUGGUUUAAUUAUAUUAUUUACAACAUUUUUACAAAAUUUUCUUUUUGCAAUAUCGGGUGAAACAUUAACACAACGUUUACGUGCAAAAAUUUUUCAAACAUUAUUAAAACAAGAUAUUGCUUAUUUUGAUCGACCAGAAAAUAAUACAGGUGCUUUAUGUACACGUCUUGCAACAGAAGCAUCUGAUGUUCAAGGAGCAACUGGUAUUCGAAUUGGAACAAUGUUACAAAAUAUAGCAAAUCUUGGUGUUGGAAUAAUUUUAGCAUUUAUUUAUGGUUGGUCAUUAACAUUACUUAUGUUAGCUUUUGUACCAUUUAUGAUUGUUGCUGGAUUUUUACAAAUGUAUUUAAUGACUGGAUUUGCAAAUAAAGAUAAAAAAGCUUUAGAAGAUGCAGGAAAGAUUGCUGUUGAAGCCAUAUCAAAUAUACGAACAGUUGCACAAUUAACAAAAGAAAAACAUUUUGGUGAUGAAUAUUGUAAAUUACUUGAAUUUCCUUUUAGAAAUAGUUUAAAACGUGCACAUAUAUAUGGCAUUUUAUUCAGUAUUAGUGAUUCGAUUAUGUUUUUUGCACAAGCAGCUUUAUUUACUUUUGGUGCUUGGAGAGUGGAACAAGGAGCAAUGACCUUUGAAAAUAUUAUGCUUGUAAUGAAUUGUAUACUUUUCGGUGCAAUGGCUGUUGGUCAAACUGCAUCAAUGUCACCGGAUUAUUCAAAAGCAAUCGCAUCAUCAAAAAAAAUUUUGAUUCUAUUUAAUCGUAGACCAACAAUUAACAAUUCUUCGACUGUUGGAAAAGAACUAAAAAAUUUUAAUGGUCAAAUUGAUUUAAAUAAUUUGGAUUUUCAUUAUCCAAAUCGACAAGAAGUACAAGUUUUAAAAAAAUUCAAUUUAAAAAUUGCACCUUAUGAACAAGUUGCUCUUGUUGGUUCAUCUGGUUGUGGAAAAAGUACAAUUAUUCAAUUACUUGAACAUUUUUAUGAUCCAACAGGUGGACAAAUAUUAAUUAAUGAAAAUGAAUUAUCAACUUUAAAUCUUCAAUGGUGGAGAAGUCAAAUUGGUUUUGUUAGUCAAGAACCAAUUUUAUUUGAUGCAACAAUUAAAGAAAAUAUUGCUUAUGGUGAUACAUCAAGAGAAGUACCUUUCGAUGAAAUUCAAGAAGCAGCGAAAAAUGCUAAUAUUCAUGAUUUUAUUAUAAGUCUACCACAACAAUAUGAAACAAAUGUUGGUUCAAAAGGUACACAAUUAUCAGGUGGUCAAAAACAACGAAUUGCGAUUGCUCGAGCACUUAUACGUAAUCCAAAAGUAUUAUUACUUGAUGAAGCAACAAGUGCACUUGAUACAGAAAAUGAACGUAUAGUACAAGAAGCACUUGAUCAAAUAUCAAAAGGUCGUACAACUAUUGUUAUAGCUCAUCGUUUAUCAACAAUACAAAAUUCUGAUCGUAUUUGUGUUCUUCGUCGUGGUCAUAUAGUUGAAUCUGGCAAACAUGAUGAAUUAUUAACUCUCAAAGGAUAUUAUUAUCGUUUAGCACAAGCAAAUAAAUAG